AUGGCACAACCAGAAACGCCUUCAAGCGCAUCGCGAAAUUCUAUCAUUUCACCUCUUGCAGGUGGUAUGACCACCGCUCAAUUGGAACAAGUGUUACAGAGAACCCCUCGAAUGACUAGAUUCAAUCCUUUGAGAAGACACCUUCGUGCGCCUAAAACUCCCAAUUCUCGCAUUUCCAAAAGUGAAAUAAUCAUCGCUAGCGAUGACGAAGCAGCGACCACAUCAAAGUUAACCCCAAUCGUGCAACCACCGGAAUUUGCAACUGCCGAGGCUAUAGGAGAUGAAGGUAAAGAAGUGUCUGUAGCUAUCGGAGGGGACGAUGUUGAUCAAGGGACUUCAAAAUCUAUUGACACUCUGCAUCCUUCCUCUCAUGAGAAGGUCUCGCGUUCGAAGCAGCUAGGUGAAACAUUGCCCAAUAGGUUUUUGAGAACAAUCGCGAAGCGCAAAAAGUCCCGGAGGGAGCAACGUAUCGCAUCCAAACUCGCUACUUCACUCCCUUCCGAAGAAACAUCGAGCAAAUCGUCUUAUGGAAAGAAAGGCGAAGGAGAAGCAACCUUGACUUCCAGUGGAUCUGACCGCCCGGCUGAAUUGAAUAGACUGUUCAAGAAUCCUGACCCCCUUAGCAAUGAAUCAUCCGAUGGCAGUCAAGAAUCUACCAGUCUUGAAGAACUCAUUCGAACAACUUCACGCACAUUCAAUUCACAGCCUUCAAGCGAUCCUGAGGUCAGGAACAUCACUUUUUCAUUUAGUCCUCCGCAGCUAGCUCGAAGAGUAUUUAUGGACUCACACAAAAAGGUCACUGACAGUAAUAAUCUCGAUGACCUUGAGACCAAGAUUCUUGGGUUGCCUAAUGCUACUCAUUCAUCUGAUUGUACGCCUGGCUCAAGCGACUCGGAGGCUGCCUCCAUUGACCAUAAACCUCGAAAGCGUGGUCAUCCAAGCCCAAAGAAAAAGCUGAAGAAAAAGCUGAAGAAGAGACCUCGAAGACUUCCAGUGGAUGAGUUGCACCUGGUAUCUGAAAGAGUGGCGGAACCUAGUCAAGAGAAAGAUGAUGAAAAUGUGGAACCUUCAGCUGAAAUCCUAGAUGACCCAAUCUCCCAAGACUCUUCGGAUGCCCUAAGAAUUAUACAGAGUGUUGGGCGGACAAAGGGCGAGAAAAAAGUGUGUCAGACAUACCAUGGCGCCUUUGGAAAGAUUGAUAAAAAAGCCUUUCGGUUCCCAAAUCGUUACAACACGUCUCCUCGGGCAGAAUCAAGCAAUCUCCAUAAGUUGAGCUCGUCUCAUUCUGAUGGUUUCGUGGGAGCCGAAGCAAAUCCAACUGGCAGAUGUAUGCUGCUACCCAAGAAAAAGCAUGCUUGCAUCAGUCUAUGGGGACUGACUACCCAAGUAGCACAAUUAGAGUUGGUUCGCGAAAAGGUUCACGGGCUAGUCGAUGAGCUAAAUGGCCAAGCUGAAAGAAGAGUUUCAGCGAAAAAAAUCAAGAUGGGUUUAGAGAAAACAGCUACACUCAAUGCGUCGGUUAUGAUUGAACUCGAGUCUCAAGCAUAUAAAACGGGCGAAAGUCAACAAGAUGACCAGGAUAGCCAAAGUCAUGAAAACCGUGAUGCCCAUCAGGAUGAUCAAUCAAUGCAUGCGUAUCUUUCUGGCGAUGAAAUGAUUUCGGUUGCAGAAGUUAAAUCCCUUUCCCCGCCCACCAGGAAAUGGUCUCGAAGAGUCACCUUUGACGAAAGAGUCAAGAUUGAUCGGCGUGUCAGAAUACCUUCUUUAGACUCUAAGAAUCCUGAAGAUUUUUUCGAGGUCAAGAGAAGAAGAAAAUCUUCUGAUUCCGCAGUUUGGCACGAUAUGGAGAAGGUCCGCUUGCAGAGGUGCUGCGACGAAGAUAGCGAGGAGGAUGUGUUAUCUGUCAAUGAAUCGGAACGAAGUAUCAUUAAUAUUUCGAAUGACGACGACGAGAUGGAAGAAAGCGACGGAUAUGGGGACGACAGUGAUGAUGAGAUGGGCGACGAAGACGAAGCCGAAGACGCGAGUGAACAUGAAAACGAUGGAGAGAGUGGAGAAUACUUCAAUGUGCAAGCAGUUCGUGAAAGACAAUCAGAUGAACGAAUUGACGGGAAUAUCCUCUCCACUGAAGACGAAUUAAGUGGGGAAAGUCAACAGAGCAAUGGCAAGGAUGACGAUAGAGGUGAUUUCUAUACUUCUGAAGAAGAUGCCGUUUUGAACAAGCCAGUAUGUGGAGAAGAAGAAAUGACUGGGGUGUUUGUCUCAACAAGGUUGAAUCAGCACAAGAAAAUAUUCCUGAUUGACGAAUUGAUAGUGCAAAAAUCACAAACGACAAGAACAGGAGGCAACGACAACAGCCAGGCGUCACAGCUAUCAAUUGCCACGGGUUGGCAGAAUAGCACACAAGUAUUAAAAACACCAGAAGCCGGUGUUUGGCGGCCUCGAAGGCCAAAGUCAAGCGACGUCAUGAACGAGACACAAGAGGAUAUCUGUGAUAGUCCAAGCCCGAUUUCAAAAAUCGCCAAAAGGAGAUCGACUGGUUUGCAGAUACGUAGACGGACAGUAUUCCGUGGUAGACCGCUAACCCUUACGACGGGUAGACCCCCUACGCCAUCUAGCCCUGACAUUCCAGAGACUCAAAUUGCGGUACCUAAGCUACCAGAAAUACGAUUGAUUGCAGUUCGCGACAUCUCUCCCGAACUUGGCGAAUCGCAAGUAUCCAAUACACCUUACGAGUUCGACGAAUCCAUACCGGACGUGUUGCUUCUUACCAACGACGAGAGCUCGCUUCACUCUUCCCAACUUUCGUUCGUUCCAGAUGAGAUCCCGGAGGUAACCUACUUUUGCCGAGCUUUUCAGGAACCAAAAGAACAUAACACACCUGUGUCUAGAAGCAAAUCGACUCCAGGUCGCUUUCAUCUCGAUCACUUCAAGGGCAUUGUGAUUCCCACUCAUGACCAGCAAAACACCGAGACUACGGAGAGCAAGGCAUCUGCACCGAGCCUGUCGCCCAAGUUCUCACAACAGUCGUACCGUCCCACGCCUAGGCCAGAAAAAAGUUUAAGUCGUCUUACACGACAGGCCAGUUCUGCUUUGGGGACUUUGCCAGGCUCUGCUAGAAAGAGAACAAAAACUUUACCAUUUAAACCGCCAUUCAAAAAGCCAAUCUUGAAGAUUUAG